CACACUGUCGGGCCACACAGUAGCUCAUGCAUGUUUAAAGCUAAGCUAGUUGAGACUGAUUCGGGUUUUCGUAUUCCUCGGCUAUCAAAAGGAACAGUAAUAGGAAUAGUUCGAGUUACAAGGGUUUUUAGAAGCGAUCGAUAUUGUCGUCAACCCUAGCGCAAAGUUUGAGUGUCGACUAGUGAAUUGUAGAAAACUCUUCGUCUGCAAUAUUUACCGCCAAACUAUCUCAGUCAAACAUUUUGAUUUUAAAUGUAUUUAACAUUUUACGACUGUACAGUGCUGGACCCAAUAACAUUUUGAGGCCGUAAAAAAAAUAAAAAUUGAAGAGAUGGUGGUAACCUUUUGAUACGACAGUUAUCAAAUGGGCUCAGCACUAGGCGGAAACAAACAAGUCCUUAUUCGGACAUGUGUGGUUCUUUCUGAUUUCGGGAGCCUGGAUUGUAUAUAUCUUUCGAAAACAUCGUUCAAGAUUUGUUUCACAACUUUCGGCGGCAGGCCUGACGGAUAGAUUCCAGAUAUUUCACACCAUACAGAGUCUGGUCAAGUAUUCGAAUCUCAAGGCCGGACGUGUAACAUUAGUUUCGAUGAUAAACAACACCCAAGAGCGUGAAAAGGGCCAAACUCCGGGAGCGGUCAAAUAGUUCAGUUCAACCCAUCUCCAGAGUGCAACAAUUCUUAUAUAAGUAUAUUUACAGUUAGUCGUUUUUUAAAGGUUAUCGAAAGAGCAAAGACAAACUAAUGCCCCCGGCCGACGACCAUUUUGUUUUUCUCUUUUUGAAUACUUCCGUUUCCUCUAGGCAAAAUAGGACUAGAGAUUUCAGAUGAAUCGAUCUUUCUUUUAGGCUUACAUCUUUGUGGCCUUUUCAAAAUUAUAAAAAGCCACUGCCUAUGAUGGAAAGUAAUUCAGUAGCCGAUCGGCAGUAGUAACCAUGAAGUGGUUCCUAAUUUUGUGUUGCGUGACUUUGGCAGCUUGCGCCAAUUACCCUGCCAGGUCUCCCUGUCAGAGACAGAAUCUCGAUCUUGUGCGCCAGAAUGCCGACAAUUUGCUCUACCUGGAAUACAUGAGGAAACAGGCCCAGGGCGACGACGAAUGGCAAGUCUUUGCAGGCACCGACGAGUACCAGGAACGCCUGAACGAAUUGCGUUCAGUUAACAUGGAAUGCGGAAUGGUCGAAUCUCCGUGCGCGGAGGCUAGUUGCGGAUCUAGCUGCGGCAGCGGCUGUGAGCUGUACGCAGACAAAAUCGCCUCUUUCCAGGCGGAGUUGAGACGACAGAAGAUGAUGAUUCAGCGUCUCUAUUCGCAGAUCCUCACUGUUUCGCAAACCAGCAGCUCCUGUGGAAGCGCAUGCGAAUCUCCGUGCGAAAGUCGUUGUCCUCCUGCACCUGCUCCUUGCGAAAAUCGUUGCCCCGCUCCGAGAUGCGAAUCUUCCUGCUCUAGUUACCCAGGACCUCGAGGACCUCCUGGACCACCAGGACCUGCGGCUUGCAAUUCUCCAUCUGAAAUGGGACCAAGAGGCCCACCUGGUCCACCUGGACUCGACGGACGUCCUGGCCGUAACGGAAAGGAUGGCGAGCCAGGCUCUUGCUCUUGCAACGACGGUGAGCCGGGAACUCCUGGUAUUCCUGGCAAACCAGGCGUUGACGGCCCCAAAGGUCCUCCAGGUGAGCCGGGAAUUCCAGCCAUGCCAGCUCUUCCAGCUCCUUGCGCACAACCUCCAUGCCAAAUGGCAAUGCAAGUUCCAAUUCCUCAAGUCCCAGUGAGCUGCUGCGGUGGGACAUUGAACUGCAACUCUCCGUGCCCUUACCCUUGCGCAUCGCCACCGUGUUACUAUCCACCACAGCAAGCCCCUUGCGCCACUGGCGGUUGCGGAGGAGGAUACCCAUGGAAAGGUUAAUUUAGCAACAAGUAACAUGCCAGCGUUCAGCAGUAUAAUCUAGUUUGCAGUUAUUUGAUUUCUCAUAGUGGGCAGUGAGGGAUAACAUUGAAAGAAAAAAAGCAUUAGACAAUUAGCCAAAAAGCUGUACAACAAAAAGAAAAAAGAAGUUUGAUUUCACAGUUCAUUUAAAAAAGUUAAACCAUGAAUUUUCUUUUCAUCCUAUGUAGCUUAUUCACCAUCUUUUGUAGCCAACCUCAUUUUCUGUAAGAAUACACACAGUUUUUUUUUU